AGAGGACCAUUUGGUUAGCGUCUUAGGGUUUUUGGGACCUGGGCUCUUUAGUAAACAGCAAUGGAAAGCGAAAUUUUUAUUUAUUUAUUUAUUUCCAUUAAAUAACUUUGUAUCGCUACUUAUAUUUAUUGUUCGUCUCUCUGCGCUUUCAUUGGUAUUGGUAACAGUAAUAUUUGUAUCAAUUGUCAGGCGGCGUCUCUCUUUCUUUUCCUGCACUUCUCUCUCUCUGUCUGUGAUAAUAGAUGUACUCCCACUCCCACCAUUAUCUUCAUGAAAUGAAGCUCUGAUAUUCAAAGCAAUAAAGAAAAAGCUGAAGAAAAAGAUGUUUCUUGAAGCUAAUCUUCUUCCUCGGUGGCUUGAGGUUCUUCUCACAGAGAAGUUCUUCAACGCUUGCAUAUUUCAUGAAGAUGCCAAGAAAAAUGAGAAGAACGUCUAUUGCUUGAACUGUUGCAUCAGUCUCUGCCCUCACUGCUUAUCCCCUCACCGCUCUCAUAAACUUCUGCAGAUAAGAAGGUAUGUGUACCACGAUGUUUUGAGGUUGGAUGAUGCUGCAAAGUUGAUAGACUGCACCUUUGUUCAAUCGUACACAACCAACAGUGCAAAAGUGAUAUUUCUGCACCAAAGGCCACAGACAAGGAACUUCAAGGGCUCCGGAAAAUUUUGCAGCACCUGUGACAGAAGCCUGCAAGACCCUUAUCUCUUCUGCUCCCUUUCCUGCAAGAUUGAUUAUCUCAUCAAGACCAAAGGUGGGAUUUCAGAAUACCUCUUCGACUGCAAGACCCUGUCGUUGCCCGAAUCGGGUUUAGACGACGGUUUUAUGACUCCCGACUCGGUUCUCGAACCGGCUGGUUCGAGCCGGACCUCGUCCGGGUCAGGUGGGUGCAGUGGGGUGGACUGUAGGACAGUUGCUUGCACUGCUACAACCGAGAUUGUGCGGAAAAAGAGGAGCAGCUUGUCGUCGGCUUACCGGGCGGUGUGUCGGCCGGUAUGCUCACCCGUCUCUGAAAUUUCGGCGAGUUUGAUGAACCGGAGAAAAGGGACUCCACAAAGAGCUCCACUUUAUUGAAUUUCUGUACGGAUUUGGUAAAUGGAGUCUUGGAGAGAGCUACAACGGGAGAAGAAGGCUUUGGGAUGAAUUUGGUGUUAUAUUUUUUCCUUGAGGCUAAUUUCGGAAAAAAAGAAAAAUCUCCCAAUUUUGUUGAGGACUUUUCUGUCUCUCUUCUAGUGAGUGGUGGUAGCCAGGGUUGGUUCCUUUUUUCUUUUUUCUUUUUUUUUUUCUUUUUUUUGGGGCCAUUUACAGAGCCACAGACUGCAGUAAACAAUGACAAAAGUUUACUGUUAUAUAUUACUUAUAUUGUUGGUAAAUCCCUUGUAUAUGGGGUUAUAUGAUUUAUUUUUUUGAAGAAUUAUACCAAUGUGAUUGGGGGUCUUGAUUGAA